AGAUGAGAUGACCAUAGAGAAAACUACCAAAUACGUAAGCUUGACAUUUAAAGAAUGUCAGUUCAAAUUCAAUGUCAAACUGACAUCUUAAAUUUCAGUAAUCGUUUCAUAGAUUCAGAAUUCAGAAUAUUAUAUUCUUUUCAGUUUUAAAGUAACACUACAAAAUGAGUUUAGAAUCCAUAAGAUAUAGCAGAGGGAGUUUGGAUAUUUUAGACCAAUUACUUUUACCUCUGCAGACAAGAUAUGUCAAAGUAGAAGGUGUUGAAGAUGGAUGGAAAGUUAUCAAUAAAAUGCAGGUGCGAGGAGCUCCAGCAAUAGCAAUAGUCGGUUGCUUAUCAUUGGCUGUAGAACUAGAAAAAGACAAUAACUCGGAUAAAAAAGUUAUGAGGCAAGAGAUUGAAGGUAAACUUAAUUACCUAGUGUCGGCGAGGCCAACAGCUGUAAACAUAAAACUGGCAGCUGAUGAGCUGAUAAAUUUGGCAAAUUCCCUGAGUGCCGACGAAACUGUUACACCUGAAGAGUUUAAGGAAAGAUUCAUCAGCAGAAUAGAGGGAAUGCUUAUCAAAGACAUAGAGGACAACAAAGCAAUAGGGAGGUAUGGAUGUGAGGCCAUAUUGAAGAACUCUGAAGGCGAUGGUCCAGUGAGGAUCCUGACACAUUGCAACACUGGCUCACUGGCCACUGCUGGAUACGGAACUGCGUUGGGCGUUAUUAGGUCUUUGCAAGAAAGCAAGAGACUUGACCAUGUAUACUGCACGGAGACCAGGCCAUACAACCAAGGUGCAAGACUUACGGCCUAUGAGCUGGUUCAUGAGAAGAUACCUUCAACCUUGAUAGUGGACAGUGUGGUAUCAGCACUCAUGAACUCUAGGAGGAUAACUGCAGUUGUUGUGGGUGCCGAUAGGGUAGCGGCAAAUGGAGAUACGGCAAAUAAAAUAGGUACAUAUCAAAUUGCGAUCGCAGCGAAACACCAUGGAGUGCCUUUCUACGUAGCCGCCCCCCUAACUUCCAUAGACAUGUCUCUAACGUCUGGGGAGAGAAUAAAAAUUGAAGAACGGCCAGAGAGAGAAAUGACUCAUGUCGGCGUCCAUAGGAUUGCGGCUCCUGGUAUGUUAAAACUUCAAUCGAAACUGCACGGACCCUUUCUCGACGCAACCCGAGCACGUUCCAAUUUAGGUAUCAAUUGUUGGAACCCUUCGUUUGACGUCACACCCGCUGCUUUAAUAACGGGAAUCAUCACAGAAAAAGGAGUAUUUGCACCUGACAAACUGAGUGAAAUUGAAUCUAAAUAACAUAACUGUUCCUAUUUAUUUUUCUACAAACUUAUUACAUCCGUUAAAUAUUAUAAACUAUUCGAAAUAUAACAAAUAGCUCAUAAACAACAUACCUAUGUUUUAUAAGAUUGUUAUACUGUUUAUUGUUAUAAUCGCAUGUAAGAAUAAAUUUAUUGUAUAAAAACUAAAUAAAA